AUGGCGCCUAGGAAUGGCUACACAGGAGAAGGAGGGAGCUCAGUCAUAUCCACGGAUCUAAGCCAUGGCAGUGUUGAAUCAGGCGAAUCUCUUCAGUCAACUUCCUCUCCACAUAGGUGCCAUCACGUAAUGCGUCCAGCAAGAAAAGUGGCUUUCGUCUACGCGGCCACAGGCAGGAGGUUCCUUGGAUGCCCUCUCUCGGGACCUGAUAGGUGCUCCUUGUUCAUGUGGAUAGAUGAAGCAUGGGGUCCUGUACUUAGCCGUUCAUUAAUACAACUCUGGGAUCAGGCUUUCCUGGACUCUGGAAGAGCAGCAAGGUUGCAGACAAAGAAAAAGGAAAUGGAGCAAGCAUACUUAGAGUUGUGGACUGAGAGGAGCAAUAUGGAGAUUGAAAAUCAGCAGGUGGUCAACAAGUUGAAGACCACAAUACUCGACACUGAGAUUAAGAUGUCAAGGAGGUUGGAAUUUCACACUAAGAUGUGUGUGGCAUUUAUUUCUUCAGCUGUUACCCUUGCUUCAGUGCUCGCUUAUGUGCUGUCUGCACACUAG